AUGUCAGCCGAGAUGUUCCGAGUGAGGAAAUCGGAACUCCAAGGUAUUGCGGAAUAUUCACGAGCUAAGGCUGUGGAACACGACGUCCCCAACAUAUUGCACCACGCCUCCCUAACGAUCACGUUCAAGGACGCAUGCAUCUCUGAAGCGUUCUCUACGACGUCUCCAUACACGUGUCCGGCCAUACAAAACCUGCUCUCGUCUGAAAAGAUGGCUUGUUCCCAUUGUCGAUUCCUCCAAUUCCGGUACAUGGCACACACGUUGUAUACUCUGGUUGUGAACCCAAGUACAUCUGAAGUGAGGAUAUACACAGCUGGACAAAGUUCAAGCAAGGUGUUGAAUGUGUGCGCUUUGGAACCUUUUAAGAUUCAUAAAGUUAUUACGGUUGGUGACAGAGAGGCUGCUGACGAAACAAGACAUUGUGGAACAGAUACAAAAAACACUUCGAAGGUCGACUGUCUUACUAAGAUUAUGUCGAACGCUGUUGAUAGAUGUGUUGAACGUCAGGUCUCGCAAAAACCUUGUGAACACAACCCUGGUCAUUCUUGUGAGAAACGUUUCCAAUGUGGGAUGUGCUUAAAGUAUUUCUUGCACAAGAGUCGCAUUAAGCAGCAUAUGAAGAUCCACACUGGUGAACGACCUUAUCAGUGUGAAGUGUGCAGAAAGUGUUUUCGUCUGCAUAACUCCUUCAAACACCAUAUGUUUGUACACACUGGAGUCAAGAAUUUUAAAUGUGAGACGGUGGACAAGGUGAGGAUACGGAAGCAGCGUUAUCCACGUUCCUCCUCGAAAAAAGAGAUUGACAUUACAGAGGCUCCUGUCCAAUACUUCUCUUCACACUACAACUGUGGAGAUGUAUCGGUAAAUGUUCACUCCAGUUUGGUGCCAGGGAGACUCGUGAGGAAACAACAUAGUGAUCUUAAUCAAAACUACGAAGGUCCACUGUGUUAA